AUACAUCAUUAUCAAUUUGAUUGGCAUUUUCAUCUCAUAAAUGAUGGUUGUUUUGUGUUUGUUUUAAUGGAGAUAAACUAACAAGCACCUGUGAGUGAUGACAUGGCUUUAGCAUAUUUUUAUGCUACAUUCUGAGCAAAUGCUGUGCUCAUUUUCCCUUGAAAGUGUAACAAUUGCAUUAUGAAAUUGACCUCACGCGUAUUCCCACUCUCGGAAUAGCAGAAAACAAGAAGUAGAUGCUACCGUACAAAACCGUGUACUGUAACUUCACUUCCCCAUGAGGGCACGCUCAUUUUAUUGCAGAAGAAACAUUAGAAUAAAGCCCCCAGUAGGUCAGAGUUGAGCCAUUCACCCCCUUUUUUCCACUCUGCCUGAUGUAAGAGCAUGUCUGCUUACGGGAAGAGGCACUGAUUGCUUCCUGUGGCUGGCAAGUUAGCGCAAUCUCUCGUGUGCCUGACAGGAAAACAAACUACGCAGACAGAGCGAGAACGAGGCUGGUGUGGGUCCAUCGCUCAGGCCAGGCUGGAUUAUUAUGUGGACUCUAAUCCAACGGGAUGGACAAAGAUUGAGGGUGAAGGGAUUGGGUGGACUCUGGGCUUGGGCCAGGUGGACUUGCUGGAGACGGCAACCGAAGGGAAAUGCCCAAUGGAACCAUGUCAUACAGCCUUUGAAGUUUUUCAUAUUAAGUCCACUAUCUUGAAGGCUGUGAUGGAAAAACAAAUAUUAGAAACAAGGUUUCAUUUCGUGAGAAUACAGUGGAUUGCCACACAUUUGUGGCCAUGCAAAUUUGCAUUUUUUUGUAAAAAAAAAAAAAUGCAUUUUUUUCCACACAGUGGGUAAUGUAUAAAUGUCUGUUAAUACAGGUCAAAUGUACCAGUGUUAGAUUGCCCACAUUUUUUUUUUUACAUAUUUACAGUAUAUCUUUAUACUUGACUGAGUUUUUCCAUCAAGUGUUGAGAUUCCACACUUUUUGGCGGCCCCUGAAUGUACCAUAGUUAUGUGCCGUGACUGGCUAUUCCAUUUGUUCAUUGAUUAGUGGUGACUAGCUGUACAUAUUUAUACUAAGUGUGUUUAAUGAGUCUGUCAGACAUAUUUAGGGUGUUGAGAGCGAACAAUGGCAAUUGAAGAGAGGAGGGGGGGGUAUUUGGAGCUGAAUUUCAUCUCACUUUUUUUGUCAUGUUGAUUUGAAAUUGGAGGAGAACGUGACCGUCAGGCGAGCAAGAGGAUUUUGAGGAUUGUGUUAAAAAUAGACCAUUUUAUGGAUGUAUCAAUUACUCUUGUUUUUUCACCACUUGCCAGCAGUUUUGGAGGGGGGGGGGGCAUGCUAGAGUAGUGAAUAUAUUUGCCCCCUUGACACAGGAGCGUAAUGGCAUCCCUUACUUCAAGAAUACAGAAUAUAGAAUAACAAUCUAGCACACAUUUAGCAAAAUCUGCUGGUCCCAGACCGGUGAAAUGUUGACAUCCAUUUGUGAUAAUAUGACAAUAACAACCUGUCUUGGCUUGUCUGUCCUUAGCACUGCUUGACUUGGCUUGCAGCACUUGAAGGACACACAAUAUGGGCGGAAGUAUUGAGAUAACACACCAUUACAACUACAGGAAGUGAAAUAGGAAGUUACUAUUUUGGCCACCCCCUGCAGCUGUGACAGCUUCCACUCUUCUGCGAUGACUGUCUUGACAAAGAUUUGCCAUUUUCUGAGGUCAAGAGGGCCAACUGGCUCAUCUCCAGGCCUGUUCUUCCAUGCUAAACUCAUCCAUGCUAAACUCAUCCAAGCAUGCUUCUGCUUUGUACACUGAGGGGCCACACAAAAAGCAUACAAAUACUGUAUAGAUUGUUUUAUUUAAUGCUAACAUGGUUUUCUUUUCUUUUUUUAAAUUCAUAUCACCAUACUGUAUUCGGUCUUAUCGGUGCCCCGCCAGUUACCACUAUGUUUAUCGGAGGCCCCCCUCAAGCCCCCUCCCCCUGGCAUAAAACCGCACCUCCUCCCCCUCCAUCUGUGAUCUGAGGGGAUUACGGAUGGACGGCAGCCCGUCGGCGGCUCAUCCUGCACAGGCAGCAGCCGUCCGAGACGCAGGGGCGUCGACCACCGCGAGGAUGGCAAACUGACGUCCGCAUCAGCGCGGACCCGCUGGAGGAUCUCUACACCCAGGGAUACGGAUCAAGGGUGGGGGGAAGAGGCUGGGGGACGCCGCUCACACGCCAACCCUCCCUCCUCCGGCCGAGUCUGCCUCGCUGUCGGCUGCUCAAGCAACGGGACCCACGGUUGUUGUGACGUUUUGUGCUCUCUCGGCUGGACCGCGUACGCCUCAUGACAUGUUCGACACUGCCAGUAAUUCUCCACGCAGCACGCCGGGCAGCUCACCUUCCCUGCGGCGCCGGGUGCUGGGGGGCGGCAGGGCCAGCGAGAGUGAGGGAGGUGGGGAAAAGAGUGGCGGAGGAGGUGGCGGUGGGGGCUCGGACAGCCCCCUGCCGUCCAUAUCGUCGGCGUCCUCCCUCACGUCGGCUUACCCGCUCGCUUCCAGACAUUUCAGGAGCAAUGCCAAGAAAAUGCAAAGCUGGUACAAUGUUCUCAGUCCCACGUACAAGCAGCGGAACGAGGACUUUCGUAAAAUCUUCAAGAAGCUUCCGGACACUGAGCGCCUCAUUGUGGACUACUCGUGUGCUCUGCAGAAGGACAUCCUGCUUCAGGGCCGCCUUUAUCUCUCUGAGAACUGGCUGUGUUUCUACAGCAACAUCUUCCGCUGGGAAACCACUAUCACUAUCCUGCUGAAAGACGUGACCUCUAUGACCAAGGAGAAGACCGCCAAGCUCAUUCCGAAUGCCAUCCAGAUCAGCACAGACAAUGAGAAGCACUUUUUCACAUCAUUCGGUGCACGGGAUCGCAGCUUCAUGAUGAUCUUCCGCCUGUGGCAGAACGCACUGAUGGACAAGUCCAUGUCCCCCAAGGAGUUGUGGCACAUCGUACACCAGUGUUACGGCACUGAGCUCGGCCUCACCAGUGAAGAUGACGACUACGUUUCCCCGACGGCCGAGCACAUGAACGGCCUCCUGCCAGGGGAAGAGUCUGUGUCUGUCACUGAUCUUCUAGACUUGAGCUCGGUGUCCGUUCCCUCUUCGGGCAGCUCCCCUCCUCCGCUGGUGCCCUGCAGUCAGGCCAGCUCCCCCUCCGCCACCGCCGCCGUCGGCUCGUCUCCUCCGUCCGCGGCCUCCUGCUUGCCCAUUGAGUUGCCCACUUCAUCGAGCCACAGGCUCAGCUUGGACCCUGCGGAUCACAGCCCACCCAGCUCCGUCGGCUCGCUUCCGGCCGCAGCUGCUCCUACCAACGCCUCAGCCUCCUCUAACCUCGAGGAGGGCGGGGACAGCUUGUCUGAAUCGGCCAAUCACAUGCUGCCCUUGCCAAACACCAGCCUGGGUAACCUGUCGUCACUGGACAUCACCAACGACGAGGACCUGCCCACUGACCCGAGCAACUCGUCUGACACACAGGAAGAGAGUGAGGUGGAGUCGUUCUGCGCCAACCUGAACGGGCGGCUGCAUAUCAACGCUGCCGUGCGAAUGAGUGUGGACAAGCUGCACGACCUGCUAUUCUCUGCCGACACACACUUCAUCCAGCACCUCUUCUCCCAGCGACACUUCACCGAACUGACGGUGGGCGAGUGGCAGCAGGACGCCAGCAACGGGAACACCAGCCGGGUGCUGAGCUACACCAUCGCCCUCAACAACCCUCUCGGCCCCAAGACCGCCCCUGUGGUGGAGACGCAGACCUUACACAAGAGCAGCACUCAGGGCGAGUGCUACGUGGUGGACUCGGAGGUCAUCACUUCGGGUAUCCCGUACCAGGAUUACUUUUACACCGUGCACAGAUACUGCCUCACCGCCAUCAGCAAGCAUAAGAGUCGGCUCAGAGUGUCCUCAGACAUCUGCUACAGGAAGCAGCCGUGGAGUUUGGUCAAAGCGCUAAUUGAGAAGAACACGUGGAGCGGCAUUGAGGAGUACUACCGCCACAUGGAGAGCGAGGUGUGCAAGCUGGAGACGCUGCUGCAGUCCGAGGUGUCCGUGGUCACCACCGGCAAUGCGGCGAGCGCCGCCGACACUGCCAAGACCCCACCGGCCAUGCGCCGACGGAAACGAACCUGCUCCCGCCGGCAGGGAGAGCGAGACAGGGAUGGAGGCGCGGGUGCCGCCGACCGAGGGGACAGGGGAGUCGGCGAGGACCGCGACCGCAGGGAAGCCGGUGCUGAGUACUUGAAGCUUGGAGAGCGUGCACGUGCUGGAGCACAGAACAGUAUCUCCACUAUCCUACUCAUCGUCAGCUUCAUCCUGGUGGUGCUGGUGGCGCUCAACAUGCUGCUCUUUUACAAGCUCUACGCUCUGGAGCGAGCGGCUCACACACUGGAGACCUGGCACUCCUACUCGCUAGCAGACAGUCCUUUGCCACAGACGGCGGGGGAGUGGGCUCAGGUGCUGCAGCUUCAGAGGCAGUUCCACCAGGCGCAGCUCAGCAAGUGGCAGCAGAUCCUGCAGUCGUCUGUGGCGCUUCUCGACCAGAUGAAGCAAUCGCUUGAGAAACUGCACCAAGGCAUCGUAGUCCCGGGAGUCCAACAGGACACCCCUGACUCUGACCCAAUCACAGAGACACUGGUGGACGCCUGAGUACCCGAGUACCCGAGUACCUGAGUACCGUCACGCCCACUCACCAUCCCUCUACUCACCUGCAGCGGGGGUUGUGUGUGCUCCAGCCCGACAGAAGAACAAGACUACAUUACCCACAAGCACCCUCACCUGUUUGACUUGAAACCACACACACAAGUGGUCAAUCAGCAAUAAUUAGGAUAGGGAACGGGGUCACAGUGGGGCCCGCCCCCCAUCCAAGCAAGAACCCACGUCACAGAAAUCACUUUUUUUUUUUUCCCCAAUCCACAACAUUUCAGAAGACCGCUGUGGAGAGCAUUGGGUGUAAAUCUUGAAGACGCUCCUCUUCCUCCUCCCAAGGCUGUUUUUUAAUAUAAUGAAGAAGAGGAAGGUUGCUGUAGUUGGACCAGUCACAAGUAUUUAUUUGAACCUUUGACCUCAAGUCCUGCUCUGUUGCUGUCGGACCAGGAGGCGGAGCUACUGGAGGACCAUUUCUGCUAGCGGCAAUAACGACGGUAGUCAUUCUUCUAGAAUGUUUCAGAGUAGAAUAGUACAAGAAGAAUUAUUAUGAGUGUAUGUGUGUGUGUGAUGACAAGGAGUCCAUGUUACAUUUCAGAUGUUACAUUUUCCUAUUUUUGGCAUUUGACCUGAGCGGGAUCAUCGUUUGCCGAUCUUGAAGGACCAACCGGAAAUUGUGGGGGGGAGGGGGCGAAAGAAGGGAAUCUCUUUUCAUUCUGUUUGUGAAUUUUUCUCUCUCUCUCUCUGUUUUUUUUUUUUAAGAAAAAAAACUCAAUUCUUUUUCUAUCUUUCCAUUUCCACCACCCACCCACCUACACAUGUUGCUUGGCCACGCCCACUCCUCACUCCUUCACUUCCUCCCGCCUUCCCACUGGUUUUGGCCCUGCUGUGCACGGCGGCCGACACGACAAUACCAUGUUGUAUUAUUUAUUCAGGGGGAGGGGGCCA